GAAGACAAGCUCCCCAUACUGACAGCCAGCAGUGCCCAGAUUAAGCUCUAUAAAUGAAAUUAGCCCUCAUUUAUGCAAUUCCCCAUCACUUGCUCUAUCUCGAGUUAGUGACACAGGAAUAUUUCCCUGUGCAGUCUUGUGCUAGCUGCCGUGUCUGCCAGGAAUGGCCGACGGCGUCCUUCUGACAACCGCGCCGGCAGCGCUAACACUGGUGUUCUUGCUGUUCUUCGGCGCCGCGCACGGUCAGCUUCAGAUGGGGUUCUACUCCGACUCCUGCCCCGGCGCCGAGGACAUCGUCACCGCCGCCGUCCAGGAAGCCGCCGCCUCGGACGCCACCAUCCUCCCCGCCCUCGUCCGCCUCCAGUUCCACGACUGCUUCGUCAGAGGAUGCGACGCGUCGGUGCUGAUCACGAGCGCGGGCAACGCCGCGGAGGUGAACAACAACAAGCACCAGGGCCUCCGCGGCCUGGACGUGGUUGACCGCGCCAAGGCGGAGCUCGAGGAGCAGUGCCCCGGCGUCGUCUCCUGCGCCGACAUCAUCGCUCUCGCCUCACGCGACGCCAUAGCCAUGCAGACCAACGGGCCGUCGUUCGAGGUGCCGACGGGGCGGCGCGACGGGCUGUCGUCGAACGUGCGCGACGCCGACGUGCUGCCGGACGUGAGCGACUCCAUCCAGGUGCUCCGCUCCAAGUUCGCCGCCAGCGGCCUCAACGACCGCGACCUCGUUCUCCUCACAGCGGCGCACACGAUCGGCACGACGGCGUGCUUCUUCGUCAAGGAUCGGCUGUACAGCUACCCACUGCCGGGCGGCCGCACGGGGUCGGACCCGUCGAUCCCGGCGGCGUUCCUGUCGGAGCUCAAGGCCCGGUGCGCGCCCGGUGACUUCAACACGCGCGUACCGCUGGACCGCGGCAGCCAGGGCACGUUCGACGACUCCAUCCUCCGCAACAUCCGCGCGGGCCUCGUCCCCAUCGCCUCCGACGCGGCGCUCGAGGCCAGCAACGCCACCGGCGCGCUCGUCGGCGCCUACCUCGGCGCGGCGUCUUCCAGCUUCUCGCAGGAUUUUGUGGCCGCCAUGAUCAAGAUGGGCACCAUCGGCGCCAUCACCGGCGACGCCGGGGAGAUCAGAGACGAGUGUUCGGCGUUCAACACGAACUGAUCGACACGUCAUUCCUAUAAUUCAUACGAAUGAUCGCAUUCAUAUUACUGUAAAUCUCUCGCGGAAACAUGAAUUCAUUCAGAUAAAAUUAAGUAAAUUGGCAUGAUUUCUCCUC